AUGGCGCGUGGAACCUUGGGUGAAGCCAGUGAUAGUGAUGUCAGCGUCCGAGGUUAUUCCCGUAUAUCGAAUCCAUACGAAAUACCACCAUCAACUAGCAAAGAGGCUAGAGAUCGUGGGGAACUCGUCUUGCGGGAUACACAUAAUCUACAAAGGGAAACAAGCCGGACUCAACAAAGGGAAACAAGCCGGAAUCAGCAAAGAGAAACGCCACAAAAUCAACAAAGAAAGGAAACAACUCAGGAUGUACUCAGGGGAGCUGCAAAACGUAAACAGCCAUCCUAUCGUCAAAGACAAUUAGCCGACUUGAGAAAAAUAAUGAAAUUACAAAAGUCCACAAAAUUGCAAAUACCUAGAGCACCAUUUGCCCGUUUGGUGAGGGAAAUUACGAUGGAUGUACGUCGAGACGUAACACAUUAUACACCGACAGCGCUGGAAGCGAUACAAGAGGCAACGGAAAUGUUUAUAACACAAAUGCUCCAGGAUGCAUAUCUGCUGACAUUGCAUCGUCGUUGUAUUACCCUGUCGGCAUCCGAUAUUGUGUUAAUACGUAAUUUGAAAUUUAAUUUGUAG